AGGCCAGUUUCAAUUUAAUCUCUCUUCAGGUUACCAUUGCGCUUUCAGUGGCAUGAGCAUGCCCAUUCCUUUGAUAUGGUUGUGCCUGCAGCAUUCCUGGUAGUAGGACCGUCACGGCAUCAUGAGGGCUUUGAAGUGAAUUCGACAUCUCCAUGCGAUAGACCUGUGACUGGCAGUGUGUGCAGACUAAGAUUUGGCAUGUCGUAUGAGCCUUGUGAUGUAUACAUCAAGUUCUAACUUAGACCAACGUGCGGAAAAUUUAAUGGUCUUCGGGACGUGAAAGGCUAGCCACUCAUCAUGACUGACGACAAAAUCCGUGUUGCUGUCAGACUCCGUCCCAUAAAUAAGAGAGAACUUGAACUGAAGUCACAAAAUAUUGUGAAGAUUGAUGGCAGCCAGGUGACAUUGAAUCAUCCUAGUCAAGGUUCCAAGCUGGAAACUGGGAAACGGGGAGCUAAAGUGUUCACCUAUGACCACUGCUUUGAUUCGUCUGAUCCAGACAUUCCAUCCUAUGCAUCUCAGGCAAAAGUUUAUGAAGCUCUGAGGUCUGGCAAGUCAUAUACUAUGAUGGGCACAGAGUCCCAGAGGGGUUUGAUACCUCGAUUGUCUGAUGACAUUUUCAAACGAAUCCAAGAUUCUAAGGAGGAGAGUUUUUGUGUAGAAAUGUCUUACAUGGAGAUUUAUAAUGAAAAGGUUUAUGACUUGCUCAAUCCUAAUGGUUGCACAUCACCACUGAGAGUACGGGAACACAAUAUAUUGGGACCAUAUGUUGUGGACCUCUCAAGUCAUGCAGUCACCUCAUUUGAGGAUGUGGAGCACCUCAUGUCAGAGGGGAGUAAGGCUCGCACUGUAGCAGCAACCAACAUGAACAAUGAAUCUUCACGAUCUCAUGCCAUCUUCACCCUUGUGAUUACUGCAUCUGGGGCCAAACAGGAUGGUGGGCUCAUCAUUGGUGAAAGAGUCUCUCGAGUGUCACUUGUUGAUUUGGCUGGGUCUGAAAGAGCUUCAAAGUCUGGCACUGUGAAGGACAGACUUCGGGAAGGCUCUAAUAUCAAUAGGUCUCUAACAACACUGGGUUUAGUGAUAUCAAAGUUGGCAGAACAGCCUACAGCAAAAACCAAAGAUAUCUUCAUACCCUAUAGAGACUCCUUACUCACUUGGCUCCUCCGAGACAGCUUGGGUGGUAACAGCAGGACACUUAUGAUUGCAACCAUCUCACCAUCUGCUGAUAAUUAUGAUGAAACUCUGUCUACCUUGCGAUACGCUGAUCAGGCUAAGAGGAUUGUGAACCAUGCAGUGGUUAAUGAAGAUCCAAAUGCACAGAUAAUUCGGAAACUUGAAGCUGAAAUUGAGUUCCUCAGGGAGCAACUCACACAUGCUACUCAAAAGUCAGACCUUCAGGAACGACUCACAGAAAGUAAACGUCUUGUCGAAGAAGCUAGUCGCACAUGGGAGGAGAAGUUACAGAAAACAGAGCAAAUUCAGGCUGAAAGAACCCAGGCAUUUGAGAAGUUGGGAUUCAGCAUCCAGAACUCUGGGUUAAAAGCGGACCAUGGAGCUUAUUAUCUAGUCAAUCUCAGUCCUGACCCUUCCCUGAAUGAAAUGCUGGUUUAUUAUUUGAAGAAUGGCACAACAGUUGGAAGAGCGGAUGCUUUCCCACCUCCAGACAUUCAACUGAGUGGACUGGGGAUACAGUCACAUCAUUGUACUCUCUCUAUUGAAGACAGUCAACUAUGGCUGAUUCCCAAUGAAGGCGCUCUUUGCCAUGUUAAUGGUAGUCUUGUGAAUCAGAGAACCUCUAUACGGCAUGACUCUCGGAUCCUUUUUGGCCUUCAUCAUUUCUUUAAAGUUAACUGUCCAAAGGUGCUUGGUGAAAAUGGGGAAGCCACAGGUGUAGAGGGAAAAGAUGACACACUGCCUGUGCUGGAUUAUAGUUAUGCAAUGCAAGAAAUAGAGAUGGCAGAACAUAAUUUCGAUCCUGUGAAAGUCAUCCUGACUGAACUGGAGAAACAGCACACUAUGGACAAAAAUGCUGCAUUAGCGCAACAGAAGGAAGAUUAUGAGCGCCGCAUUCAGGACAUGCUGACAGGUCUAUCAAGCACCAAUUCCUUGGCAUUUUAUGGUGAGGGAACUGGAAACAUCUACAGAUGUCUGAGUCGCAGUACUAUUUAUGGCAGUAGUUCAUCACUAUCCAAGGAUGAGAAUUUCGUAAGGAGUCUGGCAAAGCUCAAGGAGGAAAUCAUCAGAGCAAAGGCCCUGACUCGAGAAGCCAAUCACCUCGCUCAGGAACUCCAUGCCAAGGCUUCUUUCUCCCUCACUCUUCAAAUUCCUAUAUCAAAUCUCACACCUCACAAGCGGAAAGGGUCCCUCAUGAGUGAGCCAGCCAUAAUGGUGCAGCGACUUGGGAAGUCUAGUCAAGUUUGGACAAUGGAGAAGUUUGAGAAUAAACUGGUUGAUAUGAGAGACCUCCACCAAGCACAGGGAUGUUUAGGAGAAGUUGGGAGGGACAUCUUUGAUUGGGAAGAUAGUCACACAUUAAUUGGGGUUGGAAACUUUUUCCUGGAUGUUUUGUUUCAUGAUGGCAUUCUACUGGAUCAUGAAGUUCCUAUUAUCAGUCAGCAGGGAGAUGUUGCUGGGAAGCUCCUGAUGGAGGUGGGUCGUAUUGAAGGAUCAAUGCCUUCAGAUCGAGAAAAUGAAAGCUCAUCUGAUGAUGGUGCAACAUCAGAUGAUGGAGCUUCCAAGUGCAAGCAAAUUACUAUUCAAGUAUGCAUCAAGAAGGCUUCAGGAUUGCCAGCAUCUUUAUCUCAUUAUGUCUUCUGUCAGUAUUCUGUCCCAAAAGCCAUCCCUGGGGAUCCAAUUGUUGUCCCACCUGUUGAAAGUAGUGUGGUUUCUCAGGGACUACAGAAUUCUUUCUCAAUUCAAAAUCCACGAAGGUCACUUAUGCCUGCAGUGGCACCAAGAAGUGUUCAUGAUCAUUCUCUUGCUUCCAUGACCACUUUUCAUUUUGAUCAUGUACAAGACUUCCAGAUUCAAAUUACUGAUGAAUUCUUGGAUUUUUGUAUGGAUGGAGCUUUGAGCAUAGAAGUUUGGGGUCAUCAAAGUGCAGGAUUCUCAAAGGACUCUUCUAUUUUGGAUUCAGAGAACUCUCAACAGGUACUGCAGGCCCACUCCCUGCGAGACCGUUGGAAAGAUGUCAAGAGGCAGCUCCAGCUUUCAGUGGAGAUUCAAGAAUUGGAUGAGCAGGGCAACUAUUCUCCUGUUGAGAUAGAGGAGCAGAAAGGUGUUGUGACUGGUGGAAUGGCUCUUCUUCGUCAAGGCCAGCAGCGAAGAUUGCUUGUGCAGGUGAAACCUGUUGAGAAUUCAGGGACCCUCCCACUUGUGUGUGAGGAAAUUCUGGGUGUGGAUAUUGGCAGUGUCACUCUCAGGUGCUAUAUGCAGGCAUCUUUUCUAUCAUUAUGUCUACUUGUUCUGAUUCUUAUGUACAUGCUGAUGAACCAAUGGGUAGCAUUGACAGAGGAAAGGAACGCUGUCAUGAUUCCAUUGCCCGGGUCUGGUAUACCUGGUGCUCCCAUCCCACCUGAUUACACUCCUCAACUUGGCAUGGAGAGACAUAUCCCUGUCCUCUUCCUUGACCUCAAUGAUGACAUGUGCUUGAAUGCUAUGGAAGGGGAAGAAGGCGAAGAGAAAGGUAUCCCUACAGCUGCAAUCAAUUCCACAAUUCCAAAAGAAUAUCAUAACUCAAUGAUUCCCCUUCAAAUCCAAAAGCAAUUGAAAGAGAGUGUUGGUGUCAUUGCUUUGUGGGAUUCAGCCAUCCAUGACACGCCUUUCCUCCGCAAGUUUACCAAUUCAAAUGAUCGCGUUUACCUAAUUCUUCGUGCCUACGUGAGGUUGUCCCUUCCAACUGCUAUGAACAUCAUAUUGCGGAAGCGCCUAUGUGUCCAGAUUGUCAAAAGGAGCCACUCAGGAGGAUUCUCCAGCCUAUGGAAGAAGUUUGGUAGACAGGAACGAAUUUCACAACUCUGCAUCACCUAUGAGAUUGUUUCCCGCAUUCCAAGGGCUAGUGAAGACUUUGAGGAUAGAGAAAGUCUGGCUCAGCUGGCUGCAUCCCAAGAAGAAGGUGACUCUGUCACCAUUGAUGGAGAGACUUAUAUUGAGAAAUACUCUAAAGGAGUCAGUGCUGUUGAGGGAAUUUUGGCCUUGGACAGACUCAGGCAGAAUGUAGCCUUGAAAGAAAAACUCCAGGGGCAAGGAAAAUCCAUUACCAACUUGGAUGGGACACCACGCAUGCGCAAGACGUUCUCAGUUCCCGAUUUCCCCCCAUCCUCCAUAGCCACAUUGGUGACCGUGAGUGUGAUUGGACUAUACUUCGCACUGCGUUCGAAGAAGAAGCAGUGAUGGGGCCUAGAAACGUGAAUUCCUUUAGGUGUCAGUAUAGCACGUGUACCCCGUGCUUCAUCUAGAUGUCCUCUUUGGCAUAGUAAAGAAAAAUCUCAUUUUUCUUGUUCUUGGCAUGUAUGUCAUCAACUGAAUAAAAAUUUCGAGUAUGAAAACUA